CUUCAAGUCAUGUUGUUGUUAUUGGUUAUUUUGAUGGUGCAGUUAUUAGUUAUUUUGAUGGUGCAGUUAUUACCAAUAUUAUCAGGUCGACUUUCUCACCAACUGUACAGUGUAGGGGAGCUUUAGCAAGUUGACUUUGAGAAAUAAUGGGAGCACAACCGCUUCAGGUGGUAAUUUCGAAAAAAAAACGUCUGCCAAGUAAGCUAUCAGAAAUGAGUAAUGUUAUUGAAGAUUUUAAACCCAGGGAGUAUCAAGCAGAACUCUUUGAAAGAGUUCUAAAAGAAAAUACAAUAAUCUUUUUACCUACUGGCUCUGGAAAAACGUUUAUUGCUGUAAUGCUUAUUAAGCAUAAAUCAAAUGAAUUGAAACUAUUAUAUUCUGAAGGGGGUAAAAGAACCUUUUUUCUUGUGGACACAGUGGCAUUAGUCGCUCAGCAAGCUCAGAGUAUUCGACAGCAAACUCCGUUAACGGUUGGUGAAUAUAGUGGUGACAAAGGUGUGGACCAUUGGGACAUCAAUCAGUGGCAUGAAGAGCUUGAAAAUCAUCAGGUUUUGGUGAUGACUGCUGCUAUUUUUUAUCACAUGAUUCUUCAUAGUUAUAUCACGUUGUCUCGUGUCAAUCUAUUAGUUAUAGAUGAAUGUCAUCAUGCUGUCAAUAGACAUCCUAUGAGAUUGAUCAUGGAUCAGUUUAAAGGAAUUCCUCCAGAGGAUAGGCCACAUGUUCUUGGUUUAACUGCAACACUUAUAAAUUCUAAUUGUAAACCAGAUCGUAUCCUGAAAUUGAUUCACAACUUGGAGAUCACAUUCCAUGCUAAAAUAGCCAGAGCUGAAAAUGAAGAAAUGAUCCAGGCAUUUUCUACUAAUCCAAAAGAAGAUAUUGUUCAUUAUGAUGAGUGGCAGGAGGACGAAUGUUAUACUGUUGUGUAUUCUUUUAUAGAAGAAAUGUUUGCUAUAUUGAAUUCAAUAAUUCUCUUUGAUAAUUCUCCAAAACCAUCUGACAGUCCUCCAAAUGCUACCCUAAUAAACAACAAAUCAGAUACUAUCAAUGAAAUCCAAAAUAUUCUUAAAGAAAUAGUUCUUAUCACCAAAGAAUUGGGAGCUUAUGCUUCCACUUACGUUUUACUCCUACGAAUAGUUUUUUUUGAAAGAAUGAGGAUUUCUGCUAAUGAUCCAACUUUAAUAAAACUCUUAGGUCAUGUUAUAAUACAGCUUCAUUUGAUUCGAAAAAAACUUGAUCUCAUUAUGAUAAAAGGACCUAGAAGAAUAAUAACUUAUUCAACUUCAAAGGUGAUAGAAUUGUUCCAAUUAUUAAAAAAUUUCAAAAAGGAUAAUUUAGCUCUUGUGUUUGUUGAAAGAAAGACGACAGCUAAAGUUAUGUACUAUGUACUUGAAGAUUUAGCAGCAACCAUUGAAGAAUACAAAAACAUAAAGCCUGAUUUUAUCGUUGGUGUAAACAGCAACCCAUAUCAUAUCACACGGGAAUAUAUUCUUGAAAGGAAAAAAAAUCACAUGAUUCUGAAAAAAUUUAACAUGGGUGAGACGAACAUAUUGGUUGCCUCCGAUGUGAUAGAAGAAGGUAUUGAUGUAAAGAAUUGCAAUUUUGUCAUAAAAUUUGAUUACCCUAAAACAACAAGGUCUUAUAUUCAAUCCAAAGGUCGUGCAAGACACAAAGACAGCAAAUACAUUGUAUUUGCUCCAAACGAAAAUUCUGACUCAUUUCAUAAAAACUAUUCAAUUUUUAAAUUAGCGGAAGAAACCCUAAAGCAGGAACUAUGCUAUGGCAAAGAUCGCAGCAGAAAGGGUGGAACGGAAGCAGAAGCCGAAAUAUUUCUGUACACCAAAGAAGUUGAACCAUUUUAUAUUAAUGGACCAACAGGACCAAAAGUGACAGUUGAAUCUGCUAUUCCUUUGUUGAAUAGAUAUUGUUUUACGUUACCUUGCGAUAAAUUUACCAGACUUGCUGUAUUUUUUUGGAAGGAGGAAAUCAUUGAGAAUAAUAAAAUUAAAAUUGUAUGUUAUCUUCAACUGCCUGUAAAUUGUCCACUGAAAGGGAUAAUAAAGGGGCAGCCAUGUGAAAAUCUUGUUACUGCCAAGGGAGCAGUUGCACUAACUGCAUGUAAAAUGUUGUACAAGAUCGGCGAACUUAAUGAUCACUUACUACCUGUUGGAAAUGAAGUUCAAGACGAUGAAGAAAAAAUACUAUUUCCUCUCUGGGUAAACGAAAAUGAUCAAGAAAACUCCCUUAGUAAGCCCGGUACUAAAAAGUGUCGUCGGAUCUAUGAUAAACAGUUUUCCAAGUGGAUUUGUGGUGGUUUUCCACAAGCAGGCCAGCCUAUCUACAUCCACGUUAUCAAAAUAUUACCCAACUACCCAAAACCUGAUAACGUUAGGAUAUUAGCAUUUUACAAUUUACUUCAAUCGAAUAAGAAUUUCGCUGUACUUAGUUCAAAGAAGUGGCCGAAGCUAUGUGAUUUUCCAUUAUUCAUGAAUGUUGGUGAAGUGAGCAUAAAUAUACAACAGAAUGCGCGACGAAUUACUCUCAGCCAGGAACAGUGUGAACAAAUUUUGGCCUUCCAUUCUUUGUUAUUUACUGAAGCUUUGUUACUUAAAAAAGAAUUUUUAGUUAGAGCCUUUGAAAACAAAGAAAACUCAUAUUACAUUGUACCGACGAUUGUUGAAGGAGACAGUAUCAUAAUUGAUUGGGAUACAAUAAAAAAUCACAAACAAAUUCCUCCGGUGAAAACAGUGCCUUUGGAUACCAGAGGGGAGGUAGUUGUUUCAAAAGAUAAUUAUCUCAAUAAGAUAGUUAUACCAUGGUACCGCCCAAAAGGAUACAUGUUGAAAUAUGUUGUAACAAGAGUAUGUGAAGAGCAGACACCUAUGUCGCCGUUCCCUGCAGAGCAAUACCAUUCAUAUUCUGAUUAUUUUUCCAAUCGUUACAACCAGUCUAUUGUUAAUAAAAAUCAGAAAUUAAUUGAAGUUAGAGCUAUAUCAGGAAAAAACAACUGUUUGUUGCCAAGGGGAAAAUACCGGUUUGGUAAAAAAAGACGACGUGAUGAAGAAGAUUUUGAAGAGACAUUAGUGCCUGAAUUGUGUACCCUCUUAGAAUUCCCUGCAGUUUAUAUGUUGAAGGUUACUUUAUUGCCUUCAAUAUUACAUCGUAUCACGAUGCUACUGAAUGCUGAAGAACUCCGCCAGAAAAUUGCGGAUGAAACAGGAUUAGGAGUUGUAAAGCUUCCAAAAGGUGUUUAUUGGAAACCUUUAGAAGUUGAUGAUACAGCCUUAGCUGGAGAAGAAACUUCUAAUGCUAGAAGUACGGUUGAGGUCAGUAAUAUGUUGGCCGAUAAAAUGGUUGAGCUGCAGCCUAAAGAUUUCACGUGGAAAAAAGAAGAAGAACCGAUGGAUAUAGAAAGAAAUUUGAGAAAUUUAGAUCUGCUUUCAGUUCUUCACUACGAACAAUUUGCAAAAAUUGAAAUUUCUCCUGAGCAAAUUAAUAAAUCUAAUGGUAUGAUUUUGGGAAAAGGCUCUUCAAUUAGGAGUAAUAUAAUAAAGCCACCAAAAGUUAACGCACCUGACAUUCCUAUUCUAUUCAAUAAAAGCUCUCCUCUUGGGCCAGAAUUGGGUUCUAUCUUGAAGGCCUUAGUAGCGAGCUCUGCUAAUGACGUUAUGAAUUAUGAAAGGCUAGAAACAUUGGGUGAUUCUUUUUUGAAGUUUUUAGUUUCAUUAAUAUUAUUUAUCAACUUUGAAAACAAGGAUGAAGGUAAAUUGAGCAGCAUCAAAGGAAAAAUAAUCGGAAAUAGAAAUUUGUACUACAGCGGAAAAAAUUUAAACCUCGGAAAAAUUUUGAAGGUUAAUGACUUUAUUCCUGAUGACUGGGAAGUUCCUGGAUUUACAAUUUUGGAGAGCAUUAAAGAAGUUAUAAAAAAUGCAAAAAUUCCACCUUCCGUGCUCUAUCAAAUCAGUCUAACAAAAAAAGAAAGAGACACAGCGGUUUUAAAUGAAGAAACAUUAGAAAGCAUUCAUGAGUUAUUCUGUAAUUCUACACCAGCUGAUGAUAGUACUCAUAGCAGCUUGGGAGUCAUAGGCCAGCAAUGUGUCGUUGACAAAGUUGUUGCAGAUUCUAUCGAAGCCCUUAUAGGGGUGUACCUUGAGGAGUGUGGUGUUGAAGGUGCAUUUAUAUUGUGUAAAUGGUUAAAAAUUCUCCCUGAAGAAAUGUCUGAUAUCUACAAAGUAUUACAUGCACCAGCACCUUCUGCUCAAAUAUUAGAUCACGGUGAUGUAAAUGAUGUACUCAUUAUGCCGGAAGUUCUGGAAUCAAUAUUGGGCUACAGAUUUCAAGACAGAAGUUACCUCUUGCAAGCUCUUACUCAUUGUUCUUAUAGGCAAAACUUUACCGAUUGCUAUCAAAGGCUGGAAUUCCUCGGUGAUGCAAUCUUAGAUUUCUUGAUAACUUCCUACAUUUAUAACAGAUGCAAAAAUAUAUCACCUGGUGAAUUGACAGACCUCAGAUCGGCCUUAGUCAAUAAUGUCACAUUUGCAUGUUUGAGCGUACGGUAUGGCUUCCAUAAAUUUAUGCUUACUAAGGCUUGUAAGCUGACUGAUAUCAUUAAGAGAUUUGUUGAACACCAAGAGAAGAGAAAUCAUAAAAUUGGUGCUGAGAUAUUAUUUCUUCUGAGUGAAAAUGAGGUAAAAGCUGCCGAAAUCGUGGAUGUGCCAAAGGUCCUUGGUGACUUAUUUGAAUCAUUAGCAGCAGCUAUUUAUUUAGAUAGUGGAAAGUCUCUAAAUACUGUUUGGAAAAUUUUCUAUAGAUUAAUGCACAAUGAAAUAGAGGAAUUCAUUGGAAAUAUUCCUAAGAACAGUAUUCGACUUCUUUAUGAAAAAUUUCCUCAUCCAGCACCAUGUUUUGAGAAACCGGAAUUCCUUAAUGAGAAUAAAGCUAUUGUCAUGGUGCCCCUAGUUGUUACAACUAAGAAUGAGAGGAUGGCGUUUGUCGGAGUAGGAGAAAACAAACACCAAGCAAAAUUAGCAGCUGCCAAGGUAGCUCUGAGGCAUUAUUAUCUAGAUCCAAUGUGAUUAAAAAGUUAAUUUUUGUUUUAUUAUAAUUUUUACUGUAAAUAAUCUUCCUUAUAAUUUUUACAAUGAAGUUUUUAUAAAUUUUUAUUUUUUUGAAUUUAUCUCUUAAGUUUUAUUGGAAUAAUAGUUUUUCUAGUGUUUAUAUUAAAUAUAUCACUAAACAUUGUAGCAACAUAAGCUAAUGGAUAAUAUUUCAAGACUGAAUUUGAGAAAUAUGGUAAUGUGAUGUGAUUUAAUGCAAGUUAAGGUUGUAAUAUAUAUCUAUUGUAUAUAUACUUAUUUGUUACCAUUUUAAUGUUAAUAUUAUUUUUAAUACUAUGUUCUUAUAUAUAUAUAUAAAAAUCCUUUUUUGUAAUCAUGUUGGUAGUAUAAUUAUUAUGUAAAAAGUACCAAUUAUGUGUCUUAUGUAUUACUUUAUACUAUAUCCAUUUAGUUACAUUAUACCUUUUUCUGUAAAAAUUGUUAAAAUUAUAAAAUCAUUAUAAUUUAUGAAAGUUUAAAUAUUAUAAUUUUAAGAUAUGCCAUAUUUUAUUAUAGUUUUAUUAAUAAAAACAAUAUAGAGAAAACUAUUUUCAUUCCUAAACAAAUUAUUUUGCAUGAAAUAGUUUUAAAAAAUGAAAUUAUUAAUGAUUCUUCGAAAAAUAACAAUUGCCAUGUAAUCUUUUUAGUAGCUUACACUUAUACUAGUAAGUGCAAUAAUCAAUGGCUUGAUACUAAUAAACUCGACAAAUUUGGUCUGGUAGAAAAUUUUGAUUGAGAAUUCUGAUAUUUUUAUCAAGAAAUUUCUCUAAAUUACAUUGCCUGUCAUCGAAUGACGAAUUGCCAUUAUCAUAGUGGGCAUUACGACCUGUCCCUGAGUCUGGGCCUCCGCCAGUCAGCUCAGUCUUUUGCAGCAGCUUUCCAGUUUGGUUGCCAAGAAGAACCCACACAUCUGCCAUGAAGCUCAUCUGUCAAUAAAUUUUUUGCCUAUCUACAAGUAUUCUUGGUACCUACCUAUCUGUCAGUGUGAGGUACGAGGCUCUCUGAUAGAAUGUAUGUUAUCACCCUGUAGGCACUCGAGAAAAAAAACAAUACCUUCAUAAUUAUCACACUCCAUUUGGUUACUUUUCUUGCAAAGUGGACAAAUGGCCCAUCUACUAACUUCAGGCAUUAUUUCUUCUUCCCAUACUGUAAGGAUGAGAUUGUGACUAGCUCGUUCAAAUGUCCCUUGCCUCCAUAUCUCAACAGCUCUGCCAAUAUACCAUCAGUUAAGUGCCUUGUUAUUCUUUAACUUUUAGACGGCUGCCUAGACUUCUUCCUCAUUCAGUGGCUCCAAGUCAUUUAGGAGGUCUUCCACUCUCAAUUCUGCAGUGGUUUUAUUCUCUACAUAUUUGUACAAAGUAUUCUUCCCAUCUCUCCAGGAUCCUCCAUCUCUAUGUCCUUACAUGAUGACUUAGUAUAAUCUGAUUGGCCUGCCUACUUGGUUUAAAGUAUCAAGAAGGAUAACAUUAGCAGACAUUUCUUUAUUAUUAUUUUGUUAUUUCAGUUCCUCCUUCAUUCCCUCUAUGGAUAUAAAUUAAUCUCAAAUUGAAAGAAAAAUUUAAAAAAAAAAAAAAAAAAAAAUGGGCUAUACCUAUAAUUCUGUAGUAAGGUGAUAUCCCCCCAGACACUGAAACAGAAUAUGUGGUAUUGAAAAAUGAAAAUCCUGACAGCAGAACUGUUUUAUCUGAUUUAAAAAAAGAUGUUUUAUUUGUAUUAAAUAAUAGAGAAUAAAUAUAUACAUUUAUACACAACUAAAGAUUAUCAUAAUAGUAAAAUCAUAAAAAAUUAUUUUCUUUUAUUAGAUGGACGGUCGAAAACUUGUUUAUAACCAGCAGCUUGAUUAUUUGUGAAUUUUAUAUUAUGAGCAGUUUCUGAAAUCCAAGGAGAAUCAAAUUGUGUUGUAUCUUGAUCAACCAAAUGCGUAUAUUUCGUUCUUCCACUUCUACCAAAGUUUUUAACCUAAAAAUAAACAUUAGCAAUAAUUCAACAAAU